AUGCCGGAAGAAGUUGAUUCCAACGGGGGUGAGGUCUCAGAUGCCAUGUCUGAGAAUGAGCAUGAGUACGACGACAACGACGCCUCCUUCAAAGACGACGACAAGAUGACUGAAAACGCCAUAAAACAAGAGGUCGGCCCUGACGGCGAGGUCAAGAAAAAGUAUGACCCCAAGGAUCCUCUGCGACCGAGGAGGAAGAAGGCGAGGAGGGCCUGCUUUGCUUGCCAGAGAGCCCACCUUACUUGCGGCGAUGAACGGCCCUGUCAGAGGUGUAUAAAACGCGGGCUCGCGGACCACUGCCAAGAUGGAGUCCGCAAGAAGGCAAAGUAUCUUCACGAUGCGCCGCCAGAAGCCUUGAGACCGGUUCUGGGCCCAAAUUACAACCCCAACGCACCUCAGAACCGGCCAAACGGGCAUCGCCACCCAUCCAGCACUGGCUCCGAGGCUGCUUCCAGUGUCAGCAGCUUCUUCUCGCCAACGACAUCCUCCAACCCUUAUCCGCUCUUCUCGCCACAGUCGGCGCUGGGAUCAAUAUCAGAGGGGAUGGCCUUCGCCAGUCAACAGUCCCCCGUGUCCCCCACAUUUCAGCCACCAAAUCCGCCGCAGAUGAGUGGUCUCACCGUUCCACAGGUGUCAGGCGAUAUAUCAGACAUGUCCUCCGCCUUCUUCGACCCAAGCAACCCUGCACUGUACAAUUUCAACCUCGAGGGCUUGAACUUUGGGAGCCAAUACGGCGCCAUGGAGUUCAGUAUGCUCAACCACAUGGCCUCUGGGGCCGCUGACACGCCGCCACGGGAGCCAUCAUUCUCCCAAGCAGGCGCUGGCGAGGCCAACUUCUCGGCUGGUGCUUUCGGCAAUGGUAUGCAACAAUUCGACGGCGGUAUGAUUGGCGAUAUCCUCUCCAUCGACCAGUCCGGCAACCCCUUAUAUACCCAAGGCAACCUCCAGCACGGUCUCCCUCAUGCUUACGCCAUUGCUGCAGGCCCAACAAGUUUACAAAGCCCCAGCACCGAUCAUGACAGUCCUCAGCCCAGCCACGGCAUCGGCUACGAAGGCUCGCCUACAACAACCUACCACAACGGGCCUGGGCCCCAAGUACUCGGAGCUCAGAACCGCCCAAAGGCAAAGCCUGGCAUGCCCAAGGUCUUUCCGCAGCCUCUUCUUGGCAAACGCCAGCGAGACCCGUCGACUAUCUAUGACACGGUCAAAGAGCCGUUCCAAUACGUGCACAACUUCCACCGGUUGAUCGCCUUCUUGCAACGAAGGUUUCGGACCAGCAAUGACAAGCUGGUCCGCAUCGCCGUGGCGCUUUCGAGCUUCCGGCCGUCCUUCAUCUCGGUCACCCGAACGCUGAACCGGGCUGACAUGGUGUUCAUGGAAAAAUGUUUCCAACGGACACUGUUCGAAUACGAAGACUUCAUGCACCACGGCUCAAGCCCCACUAUUGUCUGCCGCCGCACUGGCGAGAUCGCCGCGGUGAACAAGGAAUUUACCGCGCUGACUGGCUGGCCUAAAGAGGUCCUCCUCGGCAAUGAGGUCAACAUGAAUGUCAACACGGGCGGCAGUGCGGGAGCGUCGGGCGCGACCACCGACACCUUGACGACGCCCAAGCUUGGCAGCCUGAACGACCAAGCAGACAAGAGCAAGGCCUCGGGCAACGAACGGCACCCGCUUUUCAUAGCAGAGCUCAUGGACGAUGACAGUGUUGUCCAGUACUUUGAGGACUUUGCACAUCUCGCCUUCGGCGACAGCCGGAGCAGUGUGAUGAGAAAGUGCAGGCUGCUCAAGUACCGCACGCAGGAGAGCAUCGACGGCACGGGGAGUAACUCCAGCGUUCACGAGUCACCGCCGAAAGACCCGAGGGCCAUGUUCCUCAGUAAUAGGGUCGCAAGGAUUGACGGGGAACACGGCAUCUCGAGGAUUGCCAAGGACGGGAAGCUGGAGUGCACAUAUUGCUGGGUCAUACGGAGAGACACAUUUGAUAUGCCCAUGAUGAUUGUCAUUAAUUUUCUACCUUGUUAUUACCCUGACCAGCACCCGCACGGUCUGGCGGUGUAA